AUGGCCAUUAUUACUUUGGUGUCCUUCUUUGUAUUCGUUUGUGCGUGCGUCGCCCGUCCUGGCUAUGAGCGCAACGGCAAGCCCUAUGCAGCUGCUCUUCAAGCCCGGCAGGCCGGAGGAAACUUCAGUUCUGCACUACAAGUGGAUCUGGGCUACGAGGUAUAUCAGGGAGUGUUCAACAGCACUUCCGGGAUCAACGUCUGGAAAGGCAUUCGGUUCGCGGCACCACCCACGGGUUCCAACAGAUGGCAGGCACCGACAGCGCCACAAGUGAACAGAUCCUCGGUCAUCAGUGCAAGCAGUUUUGCUCCAUUUUGCCCUCAAGGGCCCGAUGCAAGCACCAGAAUCAACACUGUCAAUCAGACUGGUGCGAGCGAGGACUGUCUAUUUCUCAAUGUCUAUUCACCUAGCAAUGCUACCGGUCCACUGCCGGUGCUGGUCUGGAUCCAUGGUGGAGGGUAUGGGGGUGGUAAUGGACGGCAAGAUCUGUCAACAAUCAUCAACGCAAAUGGGAACAACUUUGUUGGCGUCGCAAUCCAAUAUAGGUUGGCAGCAUUCGGCUUCCUGGCCUCGGACGAGGUCUUCCGCAAUGGCGUGGUGAAUGCUGGCAUUCUCGACCAGCACUUCGCAUUGCAGUGGGUGCAGUCAUACAUAGGCCUGUUCGGCGGGAACGCUUCGCAAGUUACCAUUUCCGGAGAGAGCGCUGGCGGCGGAUCAGUUAUGCUUCAAGACAUGGCUUACGGCGGAAGCCAAGGAACAUCAUUGUUCGUGAAUACCAUUGCCGCUUCUCCCUACCUGCCGAUGCAAUAUGGAUAUAAGGAUUGGGUUCCUUCCCAGUCAUUCUACGCAUUUGCCACUAAAGCCGGCUGCCCUCCCAGUCUUCCUUAUGGUGCUCAUCCGCAAACAAUCUUUGAGUGCCUCCUCGAUAAGGACACAGACACCUUGAUCAAUGCAAGUGCCACGAUCUCCGAAUCAGGAAACUACGGUACUUGGGCUUUUCUUCCUGUCACCGACGGAAUAUUUAUCCAAGAUCUGCCCAGUCAGCAACUUCUCCGUAAGCGCGUCAACGGGGUCAAUGCACUUAUCGGCAACAACGCCGCAGAAGGACCGUCCUUCGUUCCUCAGAAUAUCACGAGCGAAGACGAUCUUGUAGCGUGGCUGCAACUGACUUUCCCUCUUUUUACCAACGACGACAUCGCCAAAGUCCUGCUGUACUACCCCAGCUCCAACGCCUCGACGGAUCCGAAUGCGCCGCUGUACGCAACUUCGGGAGAGUCUGGACCGAGUGCGCUGAACCAAAGCUCCAUUGGCACGGGUCAGCAAGAGAGAGCGGACAACAUCUACGCCGAAACAACCUUCGUGUGUCCGUCAUACUGGAUGGCCGAGGCGUACAGCGACCGGGGUCGGACGUCUUUCAAGUAUCAAUUCUCCGUGCCGCCAGCGCUGCAUGGCUCUGAUGUCAGUGGAUGUACGUCGUUAUCCCUUCCCAAUUUUCCUAAAAGUUCGCAACUGAUCAGGAUGCCGCAAAGACUUUGGUCCGGCGGCAGCCAAUAUCGGCCCAGACCUAGCACUUGCUUUCCGACAGAUCUGGGGCAAUUUCAUAACCACGAACAAUCCGAGCAUCUCCUCCAGUGUUGCGAAUGGUGCGUCUUCGGGAAUGCGGCUUCGGCGAACGAUGCAAGCAAUUGGCCACCCUUCACAAUCUAUGCUCCAUACCAGAUCAAUCUGAACGAGACCGGAGGGACACCUUUCUCGAUGAACAUCACACAAAUAGGGCAUAAUAUUACGGAGUUCGGCCAACCAGGUUUGCAGAACGACAUCACGCUCGUCAAUGCUUGGACUUGGGAGGCCGGCAGAGGAUACAGGUGUGACUUUUGGCGUAGUAUGGCAGCCAUUGUCCCUGAGUGAUAUUUACACAUGAAGAUUGUUGGAAUUCAUGCUGGAAUAGCUCCAUUUGAUGCUGAAAUACCGGGUAACACCUGUACUUGCAAAGCCUUGUGCCCGAGACUCAGCCUUGCCCCUGUGAGCCUUCUUGGCCCUGAGUCCUUUCGGGCCCCUAUACAUAGAGGGUGCCGAUUGCCCCUUUUCUCAACGGGGUUUCCCGCGGCACUUCAAUGGCCC